CCCCCCCCCCCACACACACACCCUGCCUACACUCCUGGCAUCAGAUUUGUGGUUUGCCCUACCUGUGUUUCUUCCUCUUCCUGUGUGAAGCUUGAGUGUGCUCAAGCCUUUGUUUCUCCUGCUCUCCCUUUGCUGUCCACCCUCCCCUUGCGUUCGAAUGGAGGCCCCAGAGGAGUCUGAAGGGGGUGCAGUCAGGCGAUGGACAGUCCUUUUCCUCCAGCAGGCUCCAAAGCACUCCUACCACACACAUCAUCAAGUCGGACUUCUUCACAGGAUGCAACUAGGAAGCACUAUUUUUGAUCAUAAUUGAAAUGUUCAUUUGUUCUCUGUCAGAAAGUGUUAAACUGUUCAGACUUUUUUUUUUUUUUAUCUCUGUAAUUGUGCAUUAAGAAUUGAGCAUUGGGAAUCCAUGACACUACACUGGUAGAGUUCAGCAUUAAUGAUAUGACUUGCUGUGCAAACUCACCAUUCCAAUCAUCAGUCUGUCCAUCAGUUGUGUGGAAAUGGCAGACCCACAUCGCAUGCCAUCUCCCGUCACCUGAUUUCACAUUGUGACACCCAGACCAUACGUGCCCCUCAGAAGUCUCACAUCAAUUCGGCGUGGGAGACUGCAGUGGUUGUGUUGUGUUGGUCUCAGACUGUCAUAUUUAAUGCCCCCGUUGCCCAUAAUCACAAUUACUCUCUUUCCUUUUAUCUUCUCCACUCGUCUACUUUCACUUUUCCUGUUCUCCUUUCUCCCUGAUUCUUCCUCCAUCUAUCCUUCUGAAAAACCUCUUCCUCUUGCCUUUCCCAUGUACUGCUUGACAACAUUAACUGAUGCUUGACAAUGGUGAGAAGACAUAGUUUAUUUCUGUAAUUUCACUACCAUUUGAGAAUAUAUGUGAUUUGUAUGAUAAAUGAAAAUACUACUAACAGGAAUCAUUAAACAAGGGAAGUAUAGACAUAUCUUAUCCUGCUUUAGCACCGAAAGCACAUUGAAGGGAAAGUUAGAAGGGGCCCGGAGGAAGGGCGCCAAAGUGUUGGGUAAAGAGGCUACGUAGCACCCCUCCGAAUAUGCAACCAGCACCCGGGAGCCCCCAGUGUCAGCGGAUGCACUUCCCCACUUCUCCUCUAUGCAGAUGUGUGUUACUGUCAAUGGUCAAGGCAUCAGAGUUGAGCCAUUUUAAGUUUUUUUUUUUUUUUUUUUAAAGGGAAAAAUCAUUCCUGAUUGGUACGGGCUGUAUUAUCUGGUGGUGUUCUGGCAUGAACCUGAUUUAUAUUAUUGUGUUAAAUUCAGCAAUUACAGGAUAAGCUGGGGGGGGUCUAAACGAAAUAAAAGUGAAUAAAAUGCCACCUCCAGGUGUGCGCGGUGAAGGGGCAUGGGGGCACUAUGCAUCACUCUGAGUGGGUGUUCCGUAGCCUCGACACCAGGGCCCCCCCGAUGGCAGUGGACCAACUCACUCACCGCCAUCGCAGGCAGGCAGGCAGAUAGACAGACAGACAGACAGACAGACAGAUCGAUCGCCGGGCCACUGAGCUCACACUAGCACUCCACCAGCCCGCCAACCCAGCGCGCCUCAGCCCAACCCAGCUCCGCUGAGGCGGCCCGCAUCAGUCCGCUCUGACCCAGAGCAGGUGUUCGGCUCUUUUUAUUUUUGUACUUUGAAGCAAUCCUUGACAAAAACAAAACAAAAAUAUCGACGCAGGAGGGAUGGGCAUCUCAAUCAAGCCCACCUUGCCACUGGCUUUAACAAAUCAACAAACUCAGUAAUUAAGACUCAGGUGGAGCGAGGCCUGGACACCUGGGCACCGGCAGGAAGGAGCUGCGCAGAGGCCCACGGCCUGAUCGAGGGUGGGGAGGGGGAUGGGGUGGUUGUCGUAGAAGCACAAUGCUGUGCCUCGUUAGGGAUAAAAUAAGAGAAAUAAUAAUUUAAAAAGAAAACAGAAGAAUAUAUUGGUUUGGUGGUGAUGACUGUAGCCUGUUUCAAAGUGUUCUUUUUUUGAGUGUGUAUAAUAAACACUGAAGCUGAUUUAUGAGAAAUGUGAUCAGUUUGUCAUUUUCUCUUUGUCAUCCUACACCACAUCCGCAUGCUAACACACACAUGCACACAUAGAUACCUUCACAAGUCUUGACACUGCACUAAUCAACACUGGUUUUGUGUUCCUCAAGUAAGGCCUUCUCAUCCUCCCACCUUGUUUAUCUGUUUUGAAGUUGCUUUGACUCUUUCCCCAUCUCGCUCCCAACAGUAUAUGUCACGCCACAGUCAGCUGUGGGCAGGGAACUAAUGCAUCACCAUGAGAGGAAUAACAAAUUCAGUAUGAAAAAUGUAUUUGCAUCUCGUUUUGCAUAAAAAAAUGUGCUAAUUUCUUACUUGCACAUGUCACUGCUGUUGCUAAAGCUAGAAGUUUGUGAAGACCGGUGAGUCACAUGACGUCCCAUCUGAAGUUACAAAGUACCUCGGCCCUAAUGUUUCAGGAAUCGGGGAGUGUUUAUGACUCGGUGGUAGAGGUAUGAAGAGGUGUUUUUUCUUGGGUCUACGGCUCUGGUAAACCAGAGGCGAAAGAUGGGGGCUGAGCAGCAGAAACUAGAGCGUAGAGCGAGAGGAAGAAAUGAGUAAAGGCAAACUGAAAGUGAACACACACGGCCCUGAAUUUUCGAUCCCUUUUGUGGGAAGUGAUGUGUGAUGACAGUCACAUUAGCUCUACUGCAGACUUGAACCAGAGGGCAUGUUUAAUACGCUCACCUGUGAGCUGUGACAUAUUUCUCAUCACUUAAUAAGGUGAUGGAGAAAGUUGUGAUUCCACAAAUAAAGAACGCUUUCAUGUGUCAUUACUCAUUAAUUAACACUUAUAACUAGAAAAAAAAAUCUUUCUCUCUGGCACUUACUUUUAAAAUUCAGCCCACUCAAGUGUUUUUUUCUAUCUGCCUAUUUCUUCCUGGCUUUGAUGUGAGGAAGUUCUGCAUUUUGCAGAAGACAUCAAGUCAAAAAACUGAGCCGGAGUGAUUCACUGGAGAGAACGAGAGAGGGGGGAAAAGGAGAAAAGAACAAAAGUGUACACCUCUGCAUGUUUCCUUUCACUUCAGUUUGUCUGUCAUCCAGUGCACUUCCUGUCAUUGCAUUGCUGAAGGUAAGUCUUGUUUUUGUUAAAAAAUAGUAGAAUAAUAAUAUUGUACUAAAAGGACAUGUGUAUGAAACCGUUGUGACAAUGCUAAGACAAAUCUCCUGGAAAAAGUCUAAAUUACUUUUCCUAAAAUGUUGUUCCUGUAAUGAAAGUGUUGGUCCCUGCAAUGCUUUGCCACUGGUAAUAGGACAUUUGAUUGUAUUUUAAUGAAUUUCAUUUCCUCUGCUGGACUUUAAUGUUGAGGAGUGCACUGUUAUUUUCAUGAUAAACAGGGUUAUUGUCUGAUGGGUUAAAUUUAUAAAUUGAGCUGAUUGCUGAUCUUCCAUUCUGGCAGUUUGACAUGGACCACUCGCUGCAGCUGGUGGUGCUUUUUCUGGGCCUUCUUUUAAAUACAGAUGUGUCUCUCCAAAAACCAUCUGAUGUGUCAUCCACAUCCAAACCAUCAAAUGUGUCCGCCACACCUGUGUCCACCCAUCAUCCCGCAGCCCAAUCACCAAGGACAAGCCCAGAGGUCAUAACCUCUCCACCACUCCGUGAGGUGGUCCUGGUGACAGUGGCAUGGGAGAAGAAUAAUCCAUGCGAGGGGCCUGUCCACCUCACCCUGCCUAGAGGUCGAAAAGAACCGAAAAGAAGAAUCUGCUUCGAAAGCCCCUACAAGGAACACUUUGAAGGCCUCUGUCCACAGACGAAUUGUGGAGGGUUCAAGAAAUGGGAAGCCUCUGAGUCUGGGAGCUUUCAGUAUGUUGAUGACCAUGGUACAGUGACAGUCAGAGAGAAUUGCACUGCACUCGUAAUUCAGUGUACAGGGGUUACGAAGACACGCAAAUCCAAGCCAUCUGAAGCAGGCUACAGUGGGGAGCUGGCUGCAUAUAAGGCCAUCACAGGUCUGCUUCUUGUACUGGUGCUGGCUGUUCUCCUCCAGCGCUACGGGAGACCUACAUACGCCGCCAUCCGCCAAAGACUGUCACAGAAAAGGCAGUCGCGAUGGGUUGGCCCUACGCAGAGUCAAAGUGUUCACUAUCAUAGAGAACAACAGGCCGGACUUCAUCCCAACAACAACACGUCCAAGAGACACUCCUAUCCAGCAGCCUUGGAAAAGCUCACAGUGUCAUCAAGCAGAGAGCCUUCGUCUAACCGGAAUAGCGACUAUUCAUACAAUUAAAUUAAAACCUUUUUGUCUGUUGUCAUCAUCGCCACCAAACUGUUAUUCAUCUGCCCCCCAUAUUGCCCUUCUUUCACAUUUUUACUGUGCUUUUUUUGUUUUACUUUUUGAUAAUGACUGCCAGGUACAUAAAAGUAUAUUUCUUUGAAUUGCAUUUUCUCAAAUAAAGUAACUUUUUGAGACAACACGAA